AUGGUCAAGCCCAGGGAUUACAUCAAGCGGGAGCCUCUUGACGAGCUGCCACCACAAAAUGUCACCACAAUUGACAGAGCCCUUGUCAAACCGACACGGGAAGAUAGCGGUUCCUCUUCACCACUCGGGUCGACUCCGACUUCCGCACGUGAACGACAGCUUCAGCCUGACGGUCGCCAGCGGCAGGAUCAUUGCCGCAUCAAGGAAGAGAACGGAAGAACGCAGCAAGUGCGACAGGGAGGGAAUGCGACGCCGGUCAAGAUGGAAUCGGGGACGCAGGCACUGAACAGUCGCGCUCCCUUUCAAUCUCGGAUCAAGUCUGAGCCCAACACACCACACAUCAAGUCUGAGCCUUCCUCUUCGAGAGCGACAACUACUCGCAGCGCUCCCAGGGCAGCGCCUGCCUGCCUAAAUUGCAGAGCCAAGAUCAAAAUUAGAUGCGAUAAAUGUCAGGCUGCUGGCUAUUGUAGACAAUCUUGCCUAGAAGCAGAUGCGCAAAGGCACUUUGACUUUUGCGUCGGCGGUGUAUACGAGGGGCAACAGGACCUAGGACCCGACGUUUGGCUUGCGUCUCGGUCAACUAGUCCCGAGCCCGCUGCUACAGCAUCUACACAGAAACGGUCCUGUCUCAACUGUAGCAGCAGCUCGAAACUUCUGUCACCCUGCAGUUGCUGUUUUCGAGUCUUCUAUUGCUCUUUGCACUGCGAGCAAAUUGAUCGACCACGGCAUCGCGCCUCCAUCGCAGGAGGCGUAUCUGAUCCUGGGGCCGGAACCAACAACACCCAUAGGGAUGUUAGGAGCAGCAAUCUUGGUUCUGAAAGGGAAACCGACGAGUCAUCGUCUAUCGAACCAGACUAUGACGGCGCCGGGCUGGUCGUGAACUCAGACAUUGGCUUAGAACACGACACAGGCCAGUCAGGGCUCCAGCCAUGGACUAACAAUCCGGACACUGUAAGGCUCAUUGAGCAUCUGGCGAGUUUGCCCGAUAUUGAUGUUCCACCGGCCGGUCGACAGAGAACCCCUCAUGCUUUAGCUUGCGAGCUCCAGCCACAUCAGAAGGUCGGCCUGACCUGGUUGAUGAGACAGGAGAAGAGUAUUCAUAGAGGUGGCAUACUUGCAGACACCAUGGGUUUGGGGAAAACCAUUCAAGCUCUGGCACUGAUACUAGCACAUCCAUCCAAGGACCAAGCUCACAAGACUACCUUGAUAGUCGCGCCAGUGUCCUUGCAAAGGCAGUGGAAGACCGAAAUCGAAGACAAGAUCAGGCCAGGUCACAAACUCAAAACCAUCAUUAUCGACGGACGCAAGAGAAAAACUGUCACCAUGGCCAGCUUGCUUUCUCAUGACAUUGUGCUGACCUCGUACGGUACCAUCCUCUCCGAAUACAGUCCACGGAAAGGCGCAAGUAACAAGAAAUUGAUCACCGCAGCAUUGUACCAUCGCAUUAUUCUUGAUGAAGCUCACAAUAUCAAGAACGACAGGUCAAGGACAUCUGAGGCUAUCACUUCUCUGCGGGCUCGCUACAAGCUAUGCUUGACAGCUACACCGCUCAUGAACAAUGUCCGAGAACUCUACUCCCUUGUCAGGUUUCUGCGAAUUUCCCCAUACGAUGAAUGGGCCGAAUUCAACCAAACCUUUGUCAAGCCAACGAGCAGCAGAUCUGACUUUGAGCGUCAGCCGGCUAUGCGAGCCCUGCAUACUUUCCUACAAUCAAUACUUCUACAGCGGACGGCCAAUAGUCGCAUCGAUGGCCAUCCAGUUUUACGUCUGCCGCCCCUCAUCCAUGAAACAUCGACCAUGGAGUUUGACGAUGACCAGAGACGAGAUUAUAGUGCUGUAGAGCAGCGGAUGCGAGACAAGUUCCAGGGCUACGUUGAGUCCAACACAGUACUGAAAAACUACUGCAAUGUUUUGGUGAUGAUCCUUCGGCUACGUCAAUUCUGCUGUCAUCCACAGCUGAUCACAGACCAUGGUAUACCAGAUGGUAUAAGGCUCAAGCCACGAGAAAUGAUCACGCUGGCGCUCAAACUGGAUGAAGCGGUUGUUGAGUCGAUCAAACAGCUGGAGGCUCUCCAGUGUUCGCUUUGCAAUCAGACAACGGAAAACCCAGUCAUCAUCCAUCCUUGUGGACACUUCUUGUGCAGUGUAUGCUUUACUGGUUACGUGUAUGUUCAAGAAGCGGCACAGAUCGCUGAUGACGGUGAGGAUGAAGACUACCCCUUAUGCCCGUCGAACAGCUGUGGCGAGAUCGUCGAUCCACGCAAAGUUCUGUGUUACAGUCACUUCUUGACAGCGUACGGCUUGGAUAAUGAAGGAGGCGCUGACGAGGAGCUCGCUGAGGAGUAUUUGUCCACUGAAAUGUCAGAUGAUUCAGAAGUCGAUGAGCAUGGCAAUGUCAGAGGAUUUGUGGCAUCCGAUGAAGACGAAUCCUCCGCUAGCGAAGAAGAGAGCCACCUGGAUAAUUUAGCACAAGCCGGCCCCUCUGUCAGUCUCGAGCCUAUAGAAUCGAUCAACUCUGAUUCCGAUUCCGACGAGUCCCUUCCAGAACUAGGGGUUCUGUUGCGGCGCACGAGUCCCGGCGCCUUGCCUUUUAGAAAACGUGCGAGGUCAAGCAUGGGAAACUCAAGAGCCAACACAGAGGCAGAGAACAGUGCGGAUAUAUUCGCAAAGCGGAACAACUUCUUGGACCGCCACAUGGAGACUCUAUCCGCCGCAAAAUCAAAGAAAUCAAAGACAAGUGGCUCCAAUGGAAGCCAUAGUUUCACAUCACAGCGCCAAAAAUCCUCCCGUUUUGGAUACUCCGACGACGAAAGCCUUGAUGAGACCGAGGAAUCAUCGCGGAAACGAAAAAGGUCUCAUGGUAAAGGCAUUGCUCGGGGAGAAGAGCCAGCAAGUCGACGACUCACAGCUUCCAACAACAACAAAGGAAAGAAGACCUUUGUUUCUCUUGCUGAUCUGAAAGCUGAGAGCAAUAAGAAUGCUGCAGCAAAAGAAAAGUACCUGGCCAAACUGAAUCAGGAGUACGAACCGAGCGUCAAGACUGAGGAAGUUAUGAGAAUUCUUGGCGAUAUUACAAAGAAUAAACCAGGCGAGAAAACGUUGGUUUUCAGCGUUUUCACGUCAUUCCUGGACAUCCUCGAGAAGCCUAUGCGAGACGAGAGGUAUAAUUUCCGCCGCUAUGAUGGUUCCAUGGCCCGUCGGGCUCGCGAGGUCGCUGUACACGACUUUAUGAAAAGACCAGAGGUCAAGGUUAUGUUGAUUGGCCUCCGGGCAGGCAACGCAGGCUUGAAUCUCCAGGCAGCAAGCAAUGUGAUCAUCCUCGACCCCUUUUGGAACCCAUCUAUUGAGGACCAAGCCGUUGGCCGUGCCCAUCGAUUUCCGCAAAACAAGCCAGUGACUGUCUACAGGGUCUUGAUCAACGAGACGAUCGAGGACCGCAUUCUUCAGCUUCAAGAAGUCAAACGCGAAUUGGUCGGCCAGGUUCUCGACAACCAGGCUGCCGGAAGCAUGAGUCGUCUCUCUAUCAGAGAGCUUGCAAGCCUUUUUGGCUUGAGCCUUCCUCAACGAUCUCGACGAGGAUUGGCAGGCCCGUUGGAUGGCUAG